UAUCAUGCCCUGUUGUUGUUAGAAAGUGAGAAGGCGCUGUUGGAUCAACUUCCUCUGGACUGCUCACCUGCGAUGGUGCGCCUGAUAAAGACCUGCUCAGCGGUGAAAAACCUGCAGCAGCUCGCCCAGGACGCUGACCUGGCCUUACUUCAGAUCUUCCAAAUUGCUGCUCACUUGGUUUACUGGGGCAAGGCGAUCAUCAUCUUUCCUCUUUGUGAGAAUAACGUCUACAUGCUGUCUCCUCAUGCCAACAUCUCUCUAUACUCCGCUUUGGCUAAGCAAUUCGCUCAGCAGUUUUCUGGCCACGAUCUGGCCUCCAUGUUGGCCAAGUUCUCUCUACCGGUCUCACUGGCCGAAUUCAGAAACCCCCUGGAAGCCCCUGCACAGGAGGUAAGAUAAUCGCUGAAAUUGCUCAAAUAUUGUUCAUUUUGUAUGGAAAUUKAAAUAUAUGACAUAGAUGCAAACAAAGAAUUGYUUAAAAAAAAUCAAUGGUUUAAAAUUGUCUAUUAAUAUUUUUGAUUAUUUACAKGGAAAAGGGCCUGGCAUGAUCUCUGAACUAAACUAAGCAUCCCUCCCCUGAAGGCAGACUAAUAAAACUAAUAAAUAGACAUGRCUUUAGUGACAUGGGCUACUUGUUUGUUAGCUCAUGAUGUUUGUGUUAUUUUUGACACWCUUMUGCUUUAGACUUGUUCCUUCCUGCCUCAACACACGUGAUUGAAACUUAUGAGUCAUUUCACGAUUUUUAAACCUGUACUGUAACAUUUUCCUCCACGAAACGCUCCCUCUGUUGGCCAUUAUGUUGAUUGCAGGUUCAAAACUCGGUAUCGAUCGAUCGUUUAUUAUAAUGUGCAGAUGAUGGAUAACUGCUAGAAAAAAUAUUUUACUGUUGGUAUAAUUAGUUUUCUAAAUAAAAAAAUAAAUAAACACUUGAGAAAUACAUAUUAAUACAUUUGCAGAAAUAUUCUAAUAUAAGCAGCUUUAUAGUUUUGAUGCACAUUUGAAGGUAAGUGGUAAGUCGAAUCAGACGUCUUUUGGAUUUUACUGUAAGUUAAUGAAUCUGGUUUGUAAUCACUAGAAUACUUACUCAUAUAAUUAAUAA